AAAUCUAAAUCAUUCUCAUCAUCAUCAUCAUCAUCAUUCAGAAGAAUUAGGAUUAGUGGUUCUGUGAAAACAAAAAAAUCCAACAUUUCCCAUAGAGCCAGCCCGUUCACGCAUGGAAGUAGUCUGCCAUAGCCUGUAGGAUUUGUUUCCUGAUAAGCCCACAUCUGGCUUUGUCCAUACCCAACUUCCUUUUCUACCUACUACCACCACCACCAACAAUUUCUGCAGACACUUACCACUGUUUCUUUCUUUCUUUCUUUCUUCUCUUCUGUUUCCCUGUUUUUUCAAUUGGCAUCUAGCUCCGUUUGUUGUUCUUGUUACAAUAUUUCUGGGUCGCCGUGGCUAAGUUCAAAGAGUAUAUUAUGGGAGAAGGGGAUCCCAAGGAAGCUGAAUCUGACGCCUCCUCCUCUGUGCCUGCACCACCUCGAGAUCAGACGAUCCCUGCUCGAGAGCUGAAAGAAACUGCUGCCCCAGUUUCAAAUGAUCCUAAGACUGAGAUGACUUCAACUGACAGAGAUGCUGAGCUAGCAAAGGUUGAAUCAGAGAAAAGAUAUGCUUUAAUCAAGGCAUGGGAAGAAAACGAGAAGGCUAAAGUGGAGAACAAAACUCACAAAAAGCUCUCAGCUGUUGCAUCACAAGAGACUACCAAGAAAGCAUACGUGGACACAAAAAUAAAGAAGUAUGAGGAAAAGAUUGAAAAGAAGAAGGCCAAGUAUGCAGAGAAAAAGAAUAACAAAAUAGCAGAAAUCCACAGGGCAGCAGAAGAGAAGAGGGCAAUGAUUGAAGCAAAACGAGGUGAGCAAUGUCUCAAGGUAGAGGAAAUUGCAGCAACAUACCGUUCACUUGGGCAUAUGCCAAGGAGGUAUCUUGGUUGCUUUGGCAGCUGAAAUGUAUUAGCAAAUUCUAAAGAAUAAUAAAAUGAGAAAGAAGGGUUUCAGAAUUGAUUAUGCACCAUUCUUUAGCUUGUUUUGCUGGUGCUCUGCAAAUUAAAGUUGGUUUGGUGUCGUUGUUUAUGUACGGCAUGUCAGCUAUAGGUUCACCUAUGUAACAUUACCUAGGUCAUGGAAACAGGUUGUUAUUGGAA